AUGGCUACUAAAAAAGAGUCUACAUUGACACUUCAUGAAUUAGCUUCAAAAAGUUUCAAUCGUUCGCCUAAUGGGUUGAUAUUCACGGAGGAUCUUAAGAGUGUUUUUUCUGUCCUGAUAAUUUGUUUAGAUUUGAAAGCACACAGUGAUACCAAGACGCUUUUUAAUGCAUUCACGAAAUAUCAUCCUUUUUCCUUUACCAUUCAAAGUGCUAUUGAAAUCAUGAAGCAUCUUGAAAUCAAAGUGGAUAUGAAUACUACAUGCAUCAAUGUAUCAUAUAAUAUUAAAAAAAGUCUGGCAUUGCAUCUUUUACAAUUAUUCAUGGAUGCUAAGUUACUUCAUACUCCUGCCGACAGAACCCGUGGUGAGGCAAAAGAAAAGGUAAUCCUGCAGCCUACGCCAAAAGGUGUCGCUAUUCUUCAGAAAUAUGCGAGAGAUAUAGGUCUUAAAAAGAUGCCCAGUAUUUUGCUGUCUUCACUGAAUUCAAACAAAUUGUUCGUGUUUGAAAGAAGUUCACUAACUGAUUCCAUUGUGCAUAGUGACUACCUAAUACAUAUUCUAUUUAUCAACCUGAUGGGUCCAUCUCCAAAUGUUUGGUCCCCCUCAAAUUCUGAUGAUAAGCUACCUACUUUGUCACAACUUCUGGAGUAUUCUAAUGAUACCUUUACUUUCGAAAAUAUGAACUAUGCAGGUAUGUCUGGAUUCGUGGGUAAGUCGGAUGACGCAGAUAUAGAGUCAUCUUGGUCGGACCAAAUUGAUGAAAACAUCUUGCAUGAAAAAGACAGAAAGUCUCCGUUGGCUCAUAAAUUCUUCACAAAUCCAGAUUCUGAUUCCCACGUUCAAUAUUAUGUAUCAGACAGAGGUGUGAGGUUAUUUAAGUCCAAGGUUUUCGGUCAAAAUAAAACAAUUGUAGAUUAUUGUUUUACAACUAAAGCUCUCUGGCAGUGGUUGAUGGAUUGUACUGAUAUAAUGUAUCCAAAAGAAGCUGUUUCAAUGGCGGCAUUACUUCUCAAACUGGGCUUAAUAAUUCCAAUCCUCCUUCCACCAUCAAAUAACUCAAAAAAAAAGUUUCAGAUAAGUAGAUCCUCCUAUUACACUCUUUCAAAGACAGCCCAUGAAAUAGUCCAAUGGAACAUACAAGAAUCCUCAAGAACUUCCAAUACUGAUUACCUAAAAAAGACAGUACAAACUCCAAGAGAAAAUUAUAUAGACAUAGAAUUUGCUUCGAGUGGAAACAUUGUUGUCACUGAUGAAAAGAGAUCAUUAAAUCACAACCUGGAAGUAACCGAUGAUUAUCUCUCUCACGCUGACAGUCAAUUCAAGGACUUGGAUGAUAUCUUACGUGACCCCGGCAUGAGAUAUCUUUUUAGAAGGUAUCUAGAAAAAGACUUUUGCGCAGAAAAUUUAGAUGUAUACAUUGAAAUAAAGAAAUUCUUGAAAAGAAUGACUUUGCUGAAAAAGAUUAUUGAGUCUAGAAAUAAUAAAUCUGCCAAAAAGAAUACUCUUGAAUUGGGCUUCUCAGAUUAUAAUAAUCAUGUUGCUGCUACCAUAGAUUCGGCUCUCAUUAAACAAGCCAAUGAAUGCCUUGAAAUGGCAUAUCACAUUUAUUCCUCAUAUAUUAUGAUAGGAGCUCCAUAUCAACUUAAUAUUGAUCACAAUUUGCGAGAGUCUAUUACAGCAAUUAUGGUUCACCCGCAAUCUCCCUUUUCAGAUACAUUUCCUACAUCGUUUGACAAUUUACGAUGUAAUGAUGAGGAAGAGGACAGUGUACCAGCUAAGAACAAAGAAAUGGCUGGAUUAUCACAUCUCCCACCCGUUCUUUUGUCACCUCCUGCAAAAGCGAUAACUAGGAAUAGUCCACCUUUUAGAACGCUAAAAUCUCCGAAAAUGUCCUCAAGAAGUGUAAAGCCAACACCAUUAGCCUUGAACAAUGUUAGUAACCAUAAUGGCGUUAUGGGUAUGGGCACAGGCGAAAUGGUAAGUACAACUCUGAAUGAAACUAAUAUUAUGAAAGAAAAUAAUGCCUUGACGGGAACGAUAAAAUUAUUAAAAAUUUUGUACCCUUUGUUGGAGAACGUUGGUGAGCAUAUAUAUAAAUUGAUGAGGAGUGAUUCAUUACAGAAGUUCCAAAAUUCUUCCGUGUAUAGAGAAAUUGUUUCCGUCAUUGAGUAUCAGGAAUAA